UUCAUUCAUUCAGUCCACAGACAUCUAUUGAGCCCCAUACGUGACUCUAGCUUUGGGGGCUGUGACCUGGCAGUGAACAGACCAGCCCUGCUCUCAUGGAGCUUACAGUCAGGUGGGGGUGGGUGUGGGUGUGGGGAAGAAAGAUAGUAAGGAACUAAAAAAUAUCCGGAAGUGAGCACUACGGUGAUGAAAACUAACCAGGGUGACGUGCUGCGGAGUGACGGGGAACUACCUUAAGAAAGGUCGUUAGGAAAGACUUCUUUGGGGAAGUAACUUACAGAUCAAGGCAUGCAUGUGUGAGCAUUUGGGGGAAGAUCAUCUCAGGAAGAGGAAACCCAGAAUAGUAGCCCUAAGGUGGGACAGAGCUUGCAGGGUUCAAGAGCUUGCUGUGUGGCUGGGUGAAGACAAGUGAGAGAGGUCUGCAAGGGACAAGAUCAUGUCAGGCGUUAAGCACAAGAUAGUAUUCUCAUUUUGGAUUUGACAUUCAAUUUUACUGGAAUAAUUUCAAUGCAGAGAAGCUCUCCAGACCCUCAGCCGGCCAUGUGGUGAGGUCAAGGCCCCAAUCAGGUAGUACAGCAGCCAUCGGAGAGCUCCUGCUCUCUGUUUUGAACAAAUCUGAAGCAGCCCCAAGCCUGGAGAGAUGGUGUCACAAUCUACCAGCCAGCAGGAUUCUCCUGUGGACCCCUGGGAAGGGAUCUGCGAUGACUCUAGCAACAUUCACGGUUCGCCCAGCCUGCUGGGGCCUGACCAGCCCCCUUGCCACCUGGACGUCAGGCUCACAAGGCACAAAGCUGCCUGGAUUAACCCUCAGUGUGUGCAGCAAGAACUGCGGGAUUUGGCCCCCCAGGUGCCAGCGGUGGGGAACAUCAGGAAGCACUUUGUGGCGGAUACCGCCUCUCCCUUGAGCCCUUCAACCCCGUUCCUUGGGGACUCCCUGGCAGAGACAUCAUUGUCUGAGGAUACUGCAGACUCCGUUGGCAGUGCCUCUGCCCAGGGCUUAAGUGAAAAGAAUGGUGACUUGUCUUUGACCUCAAGUGAAGAAUGGGUGAUGCUCCCAGGGCUCUCUCAUCUGGCAUCUCUGCUCAGAAGCUCUAAGAUGUUGGCCACGUCCCCAUGUCCUGAGGUUGACGGUGCUUUUCUCAACCCUUCCCACCUGACAGCUUCUGCUGAUGAAGGUGCUGUUCAAGUCAGUGGAAAAACCAUUUCUUUGAAUUGCUUCUCACCAGAGGCAUUAGAGCUGCCUGUUGAUGUAGAAAAGGAAAAUGCCCACUUUUAUGUUGCAGAUAUGAUUAUAUCAACAAUGGAGAAAAUAAAGUGUAACAUCCUGAGCGAACAGCAGACAGAGAAUUGGAGUAAAGAAGAAGCCAGUGGGUCACUUGGGCUUGAUCAAGCUGACUCUGAAGUGACCUUUGGUACCAACAUAAAGCAAGAAUCUGGGUCUGCCACUUCGUCAGACAGUGGCUAUGAAGGUUGUGCUGUGUUACAGGUCAGCCCAGUGGCCGAAACACCUACUUGCGAUGAUGCUGUGAAAGAGCCCUGCAAAUGUGACUUUGAUGAAUUUGUUAUUUUAGAACUUGGAGAGUUUAACGAUAUCACAGAAACCUGUAGGUGUUCCUGCAGCUCCUCUAAGAGUGUUGCUUAUGAGCCAGACUUCAAUUCUGCUGAGCGGUUAGCCAGAGAGUUGUACCGAGUAUUCCGCAAGUGCUGGAUGCUGUCAGGAGUUAAUUACCAGCUGGCGGGGUCCCUGAAUGCAGCCAGCUCAAUAGUUGUCAAUGAAGAGCGUGUCCGAGAAGACUUUGAAUCCAGUAUGAGCGUAGCACAGGAGAUUAAGUUUAAAUCCAGGAUCAGAGGGACUGAAGACUGGGCCCCCCCAAGAUUUCAAAUCAUAUUUAAUAUUCAUCCACCCCUUAAGAGGGACCUCGUGGUGGUGGCCCAGAAUUUUUUCUGUGCGGGCUGUGGAACUCCAAUAGAGCCUAAGUUUGUGAAGCGGCUGCGGUACUGCGAAUACCUGGGGAAGUAUUUCUGCCACUGCUGCCACUCGUGCGCGGAGUCCUGCAUCCCUGCCCGGAUCCUGAUGAUGUGGGACUUCAGGAAAUACCACGUGAGCAAUUUCUCCAAGCGGCUGCUCGACAGCAUAUGGCACCAGCCCAUUUUCCAUUUGCCAAGCGUCAGCCAAAGCCUCUAUGGGAAAGCCAAGGAGCUGGACAGAGUGAAGGAAAUCCAGGAGCAGCUUUUCCAUGUCAAGAAGCUGUUGAAGACCUGCAGGUUUGCUGACAGUGCAUUAAAGGAGUUUGAGCAGGUGCCGAGACACUUGACUGACGAGCUCCACCUGUUCUCCCUGGAGGACCUGGUCAGGAUCAAGAAGGGGCUGCUGGCACCCACCCUCAAGAACAUUCUGAAAGCUUCCCUCGGGCAUGUGGCCGGCUGUGAGCUGUGUCAAGGAAAGGGCUUUAUUUGUGAAUUUUGCCGGAAUACAACUGUCAUCUUCCCAUUUCAGACGACAACAUGUAGAAGAUGUUCAGCGUGCAGGGCUUGCUUUCACAAGCGGUGCUUCCAGUCCUCCCAGUGCCCCCGGUGCGUGAGGAUCUCAGCUAGGAGAAGCCUUUUGGAAAGUUUGCCCUCUGCAGCGACUUGAUGCCCCUGAGCAGUGGGAAAAAGACUGUUCAACAUGCCUUGUGAUAACACAGUUUGUGUCUGCUAUUGGUAACCUUGUUUUAGGUAUCAGGUAUUGUAUAUUAAGAAAAAAGAUGGACAAUAUUCUCUUUAUUGUGUAUACUUAAUGUUUUAAAAGAAUGCAGAUUCUUUGUUAUUAAGCAUAGGGCUGUUACUAGUGGUUUUGUUUACACAUGUUUGAUACUUUUGCUGCUACUGGGGUUUUCUUAAAGAGUUUUUUUGAUACUUCUUAAACUGUAUUUGAAUAGUUAUAUUUAGCUAAUACAAGAGCCAGGUUUUUUUUUGUGACUUGUAACUGACAAGAUGAAUUACUCAAUUUCUGUUCUUCUAAAACUUGUUUGAUAAAACUGAAUGGUAGAGUCAAUGAACAAAAAUGCAACCC